UCAAGAAGUUAGCUGCCGUCUAAAGAUGUUUCUGAAGAAUUGCUCAGAAUAUUCUAUUCUUGCUCUUAUUCCCCUGGCUGUAUGGAGUAUUGCGGUGAAUAUCCUGCUGUACUUUCCUAAUGGGGAUAACACUUAUGCUGCCAACAAUCAGCUGACCAAUUAUGUCUGGUAUUUCCAAGGGAUCUGUUUUGCGGGCAUUAUGAUGAUCAUUUUAUCCACUGUCCUCCUGCUGGUGGAUUUCUAUAAAUGCAGCUCAGCCUGCUGUGCUGGAAAACACCUGUAUCAGAUACAUUGCUCUAGACUGGGGUCUGCACUGUUUGCUCUGCUGGGAGUGUUGUUUUCUGGAUAUUCCCUGAUUAUCUCCUCCCUGGGAUUGUCUCAAGGCCCAUACUGCAGGACGGAGACUGGAUGGAGUUACCCCUUUACCAACACAAAUGGAGGGUAUCUUGUGCAGUCUUCCUCCUGGUCUCAGUGUCUAGAACCAGGCAAUGUUGUGGAGUGGAACAUCAUUUUAUUCUCCAUUUUAAUUGCCCUUAGUGCCCUUCAAGUGAUAAUUUGCCUCUGUAAAGUCAUAUAUGAUCUUGUAAAGGUACUGUGUGGGACACACAAGAUUUUAGCGCAGCCGGAUCACAUAUGAUACAAUGCAAAGAAAAUACAUAUACUUGGAAGAUUUGCAUUAGAUUUAAUAGAAAGUAUGAAGUCAGCAAUACCCAGACUCCUAUGUGCUUAACUGGACCAAAUGGACUUCAUCCUAAAUAAUAAGCAAAGAAAUAAAGUGUUACUGCCAGUGUCCUUGAGUGGUGCUAUAUUUGCUCCCUCUAGUGGUUACUUCUGUUUAUUGCACAUUCUUGUCAUUGAGGUUUUUUUUUUAUUGUUA